AUGACAAAUACAAGAGAGCUGUUGACCAUCAAAGUCAGCGUCGCGCUCACUCCGUUUGUCAAUAAGAGCGAAGGGGUGAUCGAAGCACUCGUGGUCAUACUAAGGUUCUUACCAGAGUUUGUUGCCCGUCUAUUCAUUAAAUUCAGUGUAAAUAUCAUUCAAAUAAGCAUGCAAGUCAAGGAACCUUGCUGGUCGGUAGCCACGAGUCAACGCGUUGUUGAUGGCGUUGUUGAUCCGUUUGAGUCCCUUACGAAUGAAGCUCUUGAUGAGUAUCAUGCUCGCAAUAUGGCUGGUAAUCCCUAUGCUGGCCCAGAAUCUCCGUCUAUCAUUCGCAGUCGCACCUCCACCAUUUGGAACCAUCUGCCUGACAAGAAGCCCAAGACCAUAUACAUCAACUCUUGUGGAAAGGAGUAUGGAAACGCCACCACUGUUGACGCCAGUGCCUCGAAUCUGGCGGCACUCGCGCACCAACCCGGCAUUUAA